AUGCCUCCGAAGAGCAAAGGGAAAGGGAAAAAAGGAGUGAAGCAGCAGCAGAAGAGAGACAUAGCAGGUGCCUGUGUAAAUACGGCCCUGGUGCCGGUGUUUGAGCCGGAGGAGCGGAGAAAGUCUAGGAAGAAGUCGCUGCUGGGCCAAGUUCCCUGGAGGGAUACGACCUGGCAGGCAAACACUGACAAUGCAGGGCUCAAGCAGAGGCUGUGGGACCUGGAGAAGGCGCUGGAGCAGGCACGGGAAGACAAGCGAGACAUUCAUGAAGAAAUGACCCGGCAAUGCCAAGAGCUGCAGAAGCAGGCAGCAGCCCACAGCCAGCGCUUGGAGGCGAAAGUGAAGACCCUGCAGGAGCAGCUUGCCACCAGGCUCCGGGAGAGCCAGCAGACCCAGGAGAUGGCCACCCAGGCACUAGCGGAGAGGGACAGGACCAUCGCCCAGCUGCAGGGCAGGCUUGACGCCAUGGAGAGGGAGUACGAGAAGACCCUCCACGGUAGCCUGGACCUGGUGCUGGCCAAGAUGGCUGAGGCCAGCCAGCACUGGGAAGAGGUAGCAACGACCAUCGCCGUGGAGCACAAGGAGCGCCUACAGGAGUUCGGCCUCAACCCCCUGGAGAUAUAG